CUGAAAGUCUCUGUCUCUCUCUCUAACAUAACCACCGCCAUAGCCCCACCAUCACCACCCCCAAAUCAGCAACCAUCGACACACCACCGCCGUUGCCCCACCGUCACCACCCCCAAAUCACCAACCACAACUGCACCGACACCCCUGGGAUAGGAGACGACGAAACAGAUCUGAGAUCGGAGACGACUGAACAAAUCUGAGAUCGGAGACGGCGGAGUGUACGGUGGUGGCGUAGUUGUCGGCUGUCGCAGGUCUGAUGUCGGAAAAUGUUUGUAGAUAUGUAUACACUCUCUCCUCCCCUUCUCUCUCCCUACCUUUGUAAAAUAACCAGCGCCUCCACCUGAAACCACCGUUCCAUCCUCAUCUGCAGGGCAACUACUUAAACUCACCUUCAAAUUCUACAAAACCCAUAUUAUAAAUGUCGAUAAAGAUGAAGGUUCUGUUGAUUUAGAACACAAGAAUAAAAGAUGGGUUGGGGGUUUGCGUAAUGUAUACCAGGAUCAAUGGUUGUACUCAGAUUAGGGAUGAAGCUGCUCUUUUAAAGUUGUUUGACCGGUCAAACAUCGAAGUUGUUUCAACCGACAACGGUGACAAAGAUUUGGAAUAUCAUAUGCUUGGGUCAGUGAAGUCUGUGGAUUGGAAUGAUGAAGCAACAGAAGAACAAGGAGGAGCUGAGUCACCUUCAGUGUUAGUUGACGGUCCCGCUUCCCAAAAUUUAGAAAAGAAUAGAUCCACUGAGUUAGAGGAUUUGUGUUCUCGUUUUCCGGCACCCAUAACAAUAGAUCCGGUGAGUUCGUGAUCUCCAAGGCAGCCAACAACAACGAUAUCCCCCGUGGUGGAUGGUGAUAGUUAUGGUGAUUGUCAUGUGACGAUUAUGAUGACUGUCGUGUGACGAUUCUGGAAGAUGAACAAAAAAGGGGGUGAAGUUUGGUUGGUUUUGUUCAGGUUGCCGGAAGUUGCAGGAGGUGACGGUGGUGGGGAGGAUGAGGAGGAGAGAGUCUCUUCUAGAUCAGAUUAGAGAGACAGGGGGAUAGAGAGAGAGAGUUUAUAUAUAGUUUUUUAGUUUUGUAUAAAAUGGUCCCUGAAUAAAAGUCUUUUACACAAUAGCCCCUGUGAAGGUGAAAUGACAAGAAUGUCCUCAUG